UAGCUUCCUGGAGGAUUGACAGCUUAUGCGAGUGCGGCUCGUUCAGCAGAGGAACCGAGAGCUCCCGUUGUGUGAGCGGAGCGAUCACAGCUAGCAUCCUUUUUUGGAUUCAGUUUUGUACUUUUGAAGAAGUUUCCAAGAAGAUCGCUCAGGUGGGAGAUUACGGGGACCUACGGGGCAUGAAAGUGGAGCAGGCGCUACAAACAAAGUAGAAGCGGAGGUCGACCUGUCUAUUUGAUGGCUGCUGGGGAUGGAGCCCAGCUGCCGGCCACAGUAGCGGCCAGCCGAAACGUGGAAAAGGCGCUGGAGGAGGCUGCUGCUAGCGGGGCUCUCAACUUGUCUAACCGAAAACUGAAGGAGUUUCCCCGCAGCGCCCGGAACUACGACCUGUCAGACAUUACACAUGCAGAUCUGUCUAAGAACCGUCUGUGUGAGCUUCCGGAAGAGCUCUGUCAGUUCAUCUCUCUGGAGACACUGAGCCUGUACCACAAUGGAAUGCGUUCACUGUCCUCCAACCUGGGCAACCUCCAGGCCCUGACCUACCUCAACCUCAGUCGUAAUCUCCUGUCCAGUUUACCCCCAUCAGUGUUUCAGCUUCCCCUCCUGCGAGUCCUCAUCGUCAGCAACAACAAGCUUUCUUCACUGCCUGCCUCCAUAUACUCGCUCACACACCUCCGGCAGCUGGAUGUAAGCUGUAAUGAGCUGCAGCGUUUGCCAGGAGAACUUGGUCAGCUAGAGUCUCUGAGAGACUUAAAUCUGAGGAGGAACCAGCUCACCACUUUGCCUGAAGAAAUAUCUGAGCUCCCCCUUGUUCGGCUUGAUGUGUCCUGCAACCGAAUUUCUCACGUGCCCUUGUGUUACCGACACCUCCGGCAUCUGCAGAGCAUCUCGCUGGACAACAACCCACUGCAGAUGCCACCUGCACAGAUCUGCACGAAGGGCAAAUACCACAUCUUCAAGUACCUUAACAUGGAGGCCUGUAAGAGGAGUCAGGAGGAGCUGGAGAAACACCUGAGGCCGACUGGAUUUAACAGUUGCCUGUCAGACCAGGAGCUGUACACAGGUCAGUUUGGAGGGCUGGACUCUGGCUUCAACAGUGUGGACAGCGGCAGCAAAAGAUGGUCUGGAAAUGAGUCAGCAGAUGACUUCUCAGAGCGUUCCCUCCGCACGGCUGAGGUCAGCAGAGACCAGAGGAACCUGGAGGAGGAGGCACAGGAGAACAGAUCUCCGUUGGAAGCUAACAAAGUCAAUGGAGAGGCUGAGCAGGUGGACUUCAUUGACAGCAGUGUGACAGAAGAAGAGGAGGAGGAGACCAGAAUGGAUCCAUCUACACUUCCUUUCACGGCAUCUUCUCUGGAGCACAAGGAGGGAUCUUUACAGUCCCAAAGCCAGGACUCAACAACAUGCAGAUCCAGCCUACACAUUGAGGUGGGGCCCCCGUCUUCCGCUUCCUCGUCUCCACUGUCACCCUCUAGCCCCACCCUAGAGGAGCGGAGGAGGCCUGGUACACUGUUCAUCUGGCAGGAGAGGGAGCGGCUUCAGCAGCAGAGGGAGAAGGCGAGUUUGCUGAAGUCAUCCACCAAAACAGGAAGUCAUGUGGCCUCUGUACUACAGACAGGAAGUAGCUCAUGUGGUGCAUCACCGGAGAACAGCAACUCCUACUCCGGCCUGCGACACCGAUGUGCAAGUGCUGACCAGAUGAGCACAGUGACCCCUUCAGUCUUUCUGCAGCGCUCCAGCAGCAGAACAGAUGUCCCAUCCUCCCAAAAGACGUCCUCUCCUCCUGGUCAGGCCCAGAAGCCCAACAGUUUCCUGUUUCGCACCUCCUCCCGCACCAACGUCAAACCCACAGCUGUCUUCAGUCUUGGUGAGUCCGGCAGAAGUGAGUCUCGCACGACACUGCGUUCACCCAAAGAGGAGAGACCUGACAUCACAGAGCUACGCAAGACGCUGGAGUCUCGCCUGAAGAUCAGUCUGCCAGAGGAUCUGGGUGAAGCUCUGUCCAAUGGCACUGUUCUCUGCCAGCUGGUCAAUCACAUUAGACCACGCUCUGUGUCAAUCAUCCACAUUCCCUCCCCUGCAGUGCCAAAACUGAGCUCAGCAAAGUGCCGAUUAAACGUGGAGAAUUUCACUGCCGCUUGUCGCAAGCUGGGAGUCCCUGAGACUGAAGUGUGUGUGUCUUCUGAUGUGCUUCUGUAUAAGCUGCCCGCUGUGCUGCGCUGUGUGACGGCCCUGCUGGCCAUGGAGGAGGGGGAGAUGGUGGAGGAAAGCUCGCCUUGCCACUCCUCACCUACAUCUUCAUCGUCCUCCUCUUCCUCCUCGCUGCUGUCCACAGACUUCCUGUUCUUCUACUGUGCAGCCAUGGCGCUGCUCUACAUCCUCUACUGCUACCUGCUUACCUAAAGCAUCAGCACACAAAAUACACAUACUGCAAAUUACCUGCUCUAUACACAUUCUGAACACACAUUCUGUGGUGUAUGUGCUUGGUACUGACUUUAGAGCCGAUGUAUUAAGACCUGCUGCACUGGUUGGAAGUCAGAGACAUAGAGAUAAUUCAGCAGAGAGCACUUCACCGGUGGAAAUAUACUGUAUGAGAGCAGAUGAAAUGCCUUAGCCUAGUUUAGCCUUCACUUAUGUUUGGAGAAGAUACAAGUUUUUGUCUGAGUCAAAGCUGCUUGGUAUCAGAAAGUCUGUCACUGGCUGAGAUGUGAAUGGAUGGAACAAAGGAACCACAUUCUCUGUUGAAUCUCCAUCAUAUACUAUACCUUGAAUUCAUGCCUGACACAUGGAGGAUUCAAACGGUAACUAAACAUGGUGACACUUGAGGUCACUGUACUGUUAAACAGCAGAAAAAGCACAUGCAUGUGUUUUUUUCUGAAUCUGCUGCUGGCUUUGCUUUUCAGAGUAAUAAGCUGUACAGCUCAUGUGCUUAGUUGUAUCAUGUGCAAAUGAAAGUAUAGAGAAACUGAAAGCAGCAUUCGUUUAUAUAUAUAUAUUUUUGUUGUUGCUACUCUUUGGCUGUUUGGAGGCAGUGCAACAUACCUGACGGAGCUGAUUUUCUGAAGAUGUUGCGGACUCUUAGCUAAUUACACAGCAUGUAGACACAGAGCAUUCUCAUUCAUUUGGAACUGUGAAACUAAGUCUUUAAGCCCUUUUUAGCUCUGAAUUGUUUCACUUUAUUUGCUAACGUUCAGGAACUUUUUAAGUGGUUAAAGUUCCUCCAGAUCAUUGUGAAUUACAUUUCCACAGUAGGGCUGGGGUCCCAGGGAGUAUACGCAUAUUAGUCCACUUAUGUAUCAAAAAACAGGACAGACUCAAAUCACCUCUGAAUGUUGUUCUCUGUAAAACUGGUCAAAGCCUGGAGUUUGUUGGUCCAUCUAUCUUUAGAUGUUAUGUGAGCUAUGCAGCCAAGAACCUCAAGUAAGAAAACCAGCAGUUGCAGGUUUUGUUGUUCAUGGUGAUGUAGAGAGAAAAAUGCUAGACGAGGCAUUAUUGUGCAGGUCAAAUGGCACUCAUGUGUCCUCUUUUAAUUUAACCGAUCAGCAUGGAGACCUGAAUAGCAGCUCGUCAGGGCCACAAAAGUUCGUGCCACCCUAAAACUGUCUGCAAGUCCCCGCAGCAGAAAACAGCUCAACUCUGGAACCUAUUCUAGAUGGUGGUUCCUCCACUUGAAACACAAGUAGGGUAACAGAGUUCUUCAACAAGUUCCUGUGGCACCUCAAGUUUCACCAGCUAGUUGCAGACUGUCUGCUGUUUGAUGAUGAGCAAGUGGUGUACAGUGGAUUCGUCAGAGCGUUUUCACUGUAAACAGCUCCCUGCUGCUAAAGCAAGCACAACUGAUGAGUGCUGAUUGUGAGCAAAACAUUAAAGGGCUAUAAAAUCUAAAUAAUGAGCUAUGGUGCAAAAAACUGUGUAAAGCUGACAGCCACAUUUGGGUGAUGAGGCAUCACUGCCAUCAGCACCUUUCACUUUAUAUACAGUCAUUUAACCAGUAGGAAUAUUAAAGUAUUGAUCAGUGCAGCUUUGAGGCUCAGUUCUGUCUCGUAGUAAUUACAUUUACAGUGAGAAAAUAAAAUACUUGGAUGUGAAAUGCCUACUAACAGACCAGAAUUGAACAGUUUUUAAGCAUGUUUCAGAAAUAUGAAUUUAAAGGGACCCAUUAGUUAUGUUGGUUAUGAUAAUAUUGUCUUCACUGUGCUAUUGACUGAGAUCUGUGAAUGAAUAGACUCGAUGAGGCUGUUCUGAACAAAGUUCUGUGGAAAGAAAAAGGCCAACAGUAACAGCCCAACUUCAGUCGGACUGUCACUGCUGACUGAGUCUAUUCAAAUUGCAAAUUAGAUAUCCUGGAAACAGGUUCUAGCUGGAUGGAUUCCUUAGACGGAGACUGUGGUUCUUUAAAUGAUUUUGACUCAACCACUGAGAUUGUUUGUGCCUAAAGCAGAGCUCAGUUAACGGAUCUGAAAGACAGAAGCUGUUGAAAUUUCCUGAGACAGAGCUGUGAAUGUGGAAUGUGAUUUCUUCUUAUAGCCUGAGACAGAUGCGGGUUCAUUAAAUUUGGAGCCUGGAUGUUAAAUGAUGCUGUCAAGAGUGAUAGACAGUUGAAAUAGUGCCUGUUACUGAACUGACCACUUGUUUUCUGGAUGCUGUGUUGCCUGGGAACAGCAGGGGGUGAUGUCGCUGCAUCCGCCCUUAAGACGGUACAAACCCCUGCAGGAGGUUCUGUGUGUAUAGUUUUGUUGUUGUCUCUGGUCUGUCUGACUGGCUGACUUCAUGUUUGUAUAAAUGUAAACAGGUUCUUAAAUUAUUGCUUUUUUUUUUAUUUAUUUUGAACUCCGUUCUGAACUCUGUUCUGUUUUUGGUUGCUUUUGUUCCUGUGGUGAAACAGCAGAGGCGCCACUGAUUUAGUUAAACCUCUUAGCCAAUAGUUUUAAAGCCUCAUAAAUCUUUGUGAAAUCAGUGUGAGUGCCUUAAAUCACACAUGGGUAAAUUAAAUGUAAUCAAUAUUCAAUUAUUCCAAGUGAAAAUAACAUUGACAGUUUAAAGGUUUUCCCCUUUAUUGAAAUGGUGAAUGUCCGUUUCGCUCGAGGCUACGCAUCUGACAGCCUCUGCUGUUUCUACCACAUGCUGUGUCUGGCUUACUGCUCAUAGAAGGUCAAUAACUGCAACUAAACACAGAUUAAAUUCUCAUUCCCAUGCUUAUUUGACUGAUGUGGGGCUUGAAAGCUAAUAUCAGUCGUGAGAUUUGGGGGAGUCAGGCUGCUAAAGCCCUGAAAAUCCAGAACAUUCAGCAUUUCUGAACAGAAUGUUAACUUUCUCAACACUAAAACUGCACUCGAAGUCAACAGCAUGAACUAAUUAAGAGUUUUUCAUAUUAACAAACACAUUGGUCAUAUUCUGCUCAGUAUAUUUAACAGGACCGACCCUCCGAAUAUAUGGAGUCCCAAAUUGUUUAGUGUUAAAUGGACAAAUAACCAUAUUAGUAAAUUAUAUGAAUAGAUUGUGUACAAUAUAUAAAUGACCAAUAAUUUGUCUUUAUCAAAGCUAUACUCAUUGCUAUGAAAUGCUAUAUUGUUCUAAUUAGGGCUGCACAACAUGUUUCAGCAACAAUAUUGCGAUUUAUGCAUUGCAGGACGAAAAAUGAACUCAGACACAUCAUACUACAACUUUUGUUGCUUGAUACAAAAAUUAAAACAUAAUGGGUCACAUUUUCAAUGACUUAUCUGAUAAAGACUGUCUGAUAGAACAUAACUUACUCUGAUUUAAGUGUUCUUAGAUAUACGGUCUUUUAAAUAGUGUAGAAAAUAAUCUGAGUUUGUUAACAUAACACAAUUUCAAGUGUCUUUACCAACAUUACACCAUAUAACAAAGGUUCCAAAUUGCUUCUUUUAAAGUUAUUUUUUACUUUCUGUGUACAUAUUCUCUCCCACAGAAUCACACCAGCAAUUUUAGAAUAACCAAUUCAUUCCAAAUAGUCCAAAUAAACUCAAGUCAUCUGGUGAAAAGUAUUAUAAGAAAAACAAAAUAUGCCUUUACCAACUUUCUAGUAUUGUACAGCUCGAGUUCCAAUUUCAUAAUUUGAGUUAAUUUUUAAAUGUGACCCAUGAUGAUGGAAUUUAUGCAAUGUCACUUUUCAUGACAGUGCUGUUUGUAUUUUUCAACAAGUCCUCCAAUUCAUCAGGCUCGUAUUUUUACAUGUCCCCAGCCUUUACACAAGCUCAACAGGUACUUACAGGUGUAGUGAGUUAGCUGAAGCUACAAACAAUAUUUUUGAAUCGAGCUGCUUCUGUAGGCUAAUGUCAACUGUUAAUUGUAAUUGUAAUUUAUUGUAAUUGCAACAGUAAUUGUUAAUAUGAAAAUGAGAACAAUGAAAACAUUUGAGAGCAAUGAGCUGAAUCGUUAAAAUAUCUUCAAUUAUUUAUGUAAAUGAUUGGCUCAUGUAUAUAUUUUACACAGUAUAUUCAUGAUUAUUUUGUAAAUUCAGUUUUAUUUAAUAUUGAGCACUAUUGGGCAUCAAAUGACAAUAGCCAUUCUGUUAAAAUUGCAAUAUAGAUAUAGUGACUUAUGUAACUAGGAUUUUAGCACACUGGUUCUUUUGUCCAUCCUGAGUUUCAUGUCCACAUCUGUGCUGUUGUCCAGAGGUCCGAAUGCCCACUCCCUCCCCGUGUUUGACAGUUUUUUAUUAGCCUGCUGUUAAGAUGAACUUUAUACUGUUUCAAUCCAAAUGUAUAUUUUAUAAGUGAAACUGGAUAAGCAACACACAGUAAUUCAUUCACUGACGCAGAACAAGCUAUAUUCGUAAAUAUGUUAGUGGAACAGAAUACUGUUGUAUUUUAUAUUUAUAUAAUACACUUGUAUUAUUAAGAAUGUUUUUUGAGUUUAUAUAAAUCUAUAUGUAAUUUUUUUUCUUCCUGCUGGAAAGAAAUGAUUAAAAAUACAACCUUGA